AAAAAAAGAAGAAAGAAAGAAGAAAGAAGAUAGCAUAUUUGAAGUGUGUAACAUGUAUAUAUAUAACAUCGAAGAGGGGUCCACGACUUCAGUUCGAAGCUGCAGUGAUUCUGCCUUCUUCGCUGAGAUGAUCUUAAGACAGACCCCUGCAGUACUUCUUCCCUUCUUGUUUGUUGAGUAAUAGAGGGUUCAACGGCUAAUCAAUCUGAAAUUGAUGACCUUACAAUGGAUGGUAAUACAACCACUGAGAAAAGUCUUGAUGAAGAUUGAUGGAACAAAGAUGAUGAAGCUGAAAGCGAUGAACUUGAAGAUGUAGACAUGACGAGCAUUAAAGCUUUGGACUAUAUCUUCCGUAUCAAUGUGUAUUUUAAUUUAUUUCCUUUUAUGUUUAUAACGCAAAUGAUUAACUAAUUUUGAGAUGUUGGUUUACUUUCUAAUAAAUGGAAUAACAGUCUCCAUUAAUAUACAUAUAUCAUCCAUACAUAUUAAAUCUCACAAUUCUGUGUUUAAUUCUCUAAUCCAAAUGUAUCCUUCCCCUCCCUUUACUUCUUAUCUUCUCUUCUUCAUCCCCAUUUUCGUCUCCAUCCCCACCAAAGGUGUGAUUGGGGCUACAUUUGUGGUGAUUAACAGAUGUGAUUACACCGUAUGGCCCGGAAUCUUGGGCAAUGCGGGCAGCACCGGGCUCGGCAGUACCGGAUUCCGGCUUCCGCCCGGCGGGUCACGGGCUUUUCAAGUCUCGUCGAGCUGGUCGGGUCGGAUUUGGGGCCGAACCGGGUGUACAUUCGACCCGGUCACCGGUCAGGGCAGCUGCGCCACCGCCGACUGCGGCUCCAACCAGAUGGAGUGCAACGGCGCCGGCGCAAUGCCGCCAGCGACGCUGGCGGAGUUCACCGUCGGGGGCCCCACCGGAACUCAGGACUUCUACGACGUCAGCCUCGUCGACGGGUUCAACCUACCCAUGCAGGUGGAACCCGUCGGCGGGUCCGGCGCAUGCGGGUCGACCGGGUGCGCGGCGGAUGUGAACCGGAUGUGCCCAGAGGCGCUUCGGGCAGGAGACGGGCAGGCGUGCCGGAGCGCGUGCGGGGCGUUCGGGAGCCCGGAGUACUGUUGCAGCGGCGCGUACGGGUCGCCAUCGACGUGCAGGCCGUCGGAGUACUCGGAGAUGUUCAAAACGGCGUGCCCGAGAUCGUAUAGCUACGCAUACGAUGACGCCACCAGCACAUUUACGUGUUCAGGAGCCGAUUAUAGGAUCACAUUUUGCCCUUCCCAAACAAGACAAAUGCAGAGAUCCUCGUCAACUCCGGCACCCUCAUUGCCGUCGUCGCAGGUCGCCAGGACAUCCCCGUCGAGUAGCGGACCACCGGCGGCCACACAAACAACACGAGGGUUUAUCAACUCCGUUUCGGGUCCGCCGGAAGGUAUUUUCAAGAAUCCGUGGAUACGGGGAAUCAUACCGGGAGAUUCGCCGGCGAAAAUGUCGCACUUUGCGUUGCAUUACUCCAAGUCUCCGGUGAUGUCGGCGCUGGCCAUGAUCCUUGCUCUCUCUUUUAUUCACUUGUUUGUGAAUUGUAAUUAAUUAAUUGAUUAAAGCUUUUCCCAUAUC